AUGUCCCUAAGAGACGACUUAAUGAAGUCCAGACGGCCUCGGGGGAACCGCUUCGGCAGGCAAACUCGCAAGAUACUACUCUUGCUCGUGGGAUGUGUAGCGGCGUUUUUGUUCCUGCGCAAAGUCGUUGAGUCCUCCUCGCCAGCCUCAUUCCUACAGAUAGCGCCAUUAUCACGAUACCCCGUCGGCGGAACAUUCCCCAAGAAGAUCUGGCAGUCAUGGAAAGUCGAUCCAACGCGGUUUGAGGACAGAGAUGCUGAGCGGGCAAGGACAUGGACGGUCAAGAACCCAGCCUACCGGUAUGAGGUCCUCACAGACGACAACGCCAUGUCCUGGGUGGAAGAACACUAUGGUCCAACCGGCUUGAACAGACCAGACAUUGUCAGCACGUUCAUGGCCCUCGAGAAUAUCAGAAUCAUCCAAUCCGACCUGCUACGCUAUCUGAUCAUGUACGCCGUAGGAGGAGUCUAUGCAGAUAUCGACGUUGAAGCACUCAGGUCUAUCGACCAUUUCAUCCCCAAACGGGUCGACCAACUCGAAAUCGAUAUGCUCAUCGGGGUCGAGACGGAUGAGCCCCGUCUCAAAGACCAUCCUAUCCUAGGGUCUAAGUCGCAGUCCUUCUGCCAGUGGACAUUCAUGUGCAAGGCUCGAGUUCCUGUUAUGAUGAAAUUGAUCGAUCAUAUCCUCGACUGGAUUAAUGACCUCGCCCGGAAACAAAAUAAGCCUAUCUCCGAGGUCAAGCUCGACUUUGACGAAGUCCUAAGUGGCACGGGCCCUUCUGCAUUCACCAACGCCAUCCUGGAAUACAUGUCUGAGCUGACACGGACAAAAAUCACCUGGGAUAAUUUCCACAACCUGGAAGAGUCCACAGUUGUGGGGCGAGUUUUGGUCCUCCCAGCGGAGGCCAUGGCCGCUGGGACUGGACACUCGGAUUCAGGAAACCACGGCGGCAGAGCGGCGCUUGUCAAACAUCAUUUCCAUGCCUCCUCGUGGACGGAUGCUCAUCCUCGUUACAAGCACCCGAUCUACGGCGAGGUCGAGAACUGCAAUUGGAACGUUGACUGCGUGACGCUUUGGGACACGAACACGGCUUUUUUCUCUUCUCUUCCCGAGGAGGUGCAAUUGAAGAUGAUUGAAAUCAAAAAACUUGACGACGCUCAAAGGCCCAAGGAUCCGGCAGUCCAGGCAGCCAAAGCGGUGCCAGCGCCGAACAUCGGCCCUCCAGCUGGACAACCUCCCACAGAGCCCAUUGCAUUGCAAGACCUUGCACCAGGUGACAAAGAUCAGCUUGCCGCAGAAUUGUCAGAGACUGAUUCGAGAACUUUUGAAAAGUUGGGCCAAGGCAAGGCAGGCCAUGAAAAGCCAGCCCAAGGCAAAUCGAGCCACGGCAAAGCAGACCAGGAGAAUUCGAAUCAGGACAAGCCAGCCCAGGGCAAACAGGAUCAGGGCAAGAACGGCCUAAGGAGCUAG